UUCUACGGAACAAAUUCCAAAUGAUUCUUGAAACACUUUGACGAGAUUAGUUCGCAGAUUGUGCGCCAAAAGUUACACAUGUGCAUACAUAUGAGCAUAUAUGAGAGAAAGAACAAAAACGCGGUAGCAUGCUCAGGGUUAAAUAUAAAAACAUCGCGACAAAUCUGCACAUUAGUUAUAUACUGGCGCAACCAACUUCAGCGCCGUGAACGCUCGCGCAGUGCACUCGUCUUCGUCGCCUUUCGGCUAACAUAUAAAUUUUGAAUAUAGUUCGAAAUAAUUAAUAAACGCGAUACAAUAUUAUAUAGAGUUGUUGGUGUACAACAACAAACAGCAAUAAACUUACUAAGCAGCGCUACUAGACAGAGCAAUUUCUGCAAUAAUUGCAGUUAAACAAAAGAUACACAGAGAUAAUAGAAUCAAAAAGGAAAUUAUAUAAAGAAGUAAAAACAAAAUUUAGCAAGUAAUUUCGAAUUUGCUGCGGUAGCAACGACCACGCUUUGAACGGCACAUUUUAGUAGCUAAAAAGAUUUCAACAAAAAAUAACGUGUGUGGCCCAGGAGAGCAAGUCAUUCGGCCAAGUGUGGAACGUUAACGAGUCGAGCAACGCCGUUAGAGAUUGAAGUGUACAAUAUUUCAGCGCGCUCAGCAGCGAUUGGAUAACCUGAAACCAAAAGCAGAAAAAAAAACAUAGAUAAAGGCACACACACACAAGUGCGCAAAUAAUUAGCAAAUAUUUGACAAGUACACCCACAUAUUACUCACCUGACCGGCCAGCUGUAUCACUGGAAAAGUACACAAUGGCAACAGUGAAGAAAUCAACACAUGAAAAUACUGCCGAUUAUGAUGGCGAACCCGGCUGCGACACAUUGCACGAGGUUAACGCCAUGUUCCGUCACUUCUGGGACCCUACAAAAUAUUGGACAUGUGAGGAACAAGGCCGUCCAGCUAAACUAGAACGCUGUCCACAAUCGCAUCUAUAUAUGGACUCGCAAAGUAAAUGUGUCAUGUAUACUGAUUGGCAUUGGACCGACCCCGCUGAACCGCCAAGCCGUCCGAGAAGCGCGAAAAGCACGUGAAGCUUCAAUGGAAUGAGUGUGAUUUGCACAGCAAAUAACCGAAACGAUAAUAGAAACGUGAUUUUAACGCGCACAAGCAGACAUGCUUGAACGCAAAACCAUAUGGAUAUGUACGUGUGUAUAUACAUAUAUGUAUGUACAUAUGUUUAUAUCUUUAAUGUGUAGUACUUAUGUUUAAUGGAGUGCGCUAGCGUAAUUAAGUGUACAAUAUGUAGUUAUGUAGAUGGGUUUUGUUGAUAAGAUUUUAAUUUGGCAACAAAACUCAAUAAUUGUUAACAAAAAAAACUAUGUAAAUUUAGAAUUUGUACACUUAUGUACAUAUGUAUGCAAUUAAUUAUAGCCUACGACUGAAAAUUUGCUUUAAGAAAUUUGUGGCUGUUUUAGUUUGUACUGUUAAACAAAUGAAUAAAUAAAUAAAUAAGAAAGAGUGAAAACUGCCAGCUUUGAAAGUUUGUGAAGAAACACUUUAAGCUUUAUUUAAUUUUAAAGAAAUUAUUUAUGAAUGUAAAACUGAAAUGAGAAAAGUAAGUCAAGCGCUUAUUAAAUAAAUUACAAAAUAAUUCAAAAUCAG